AUGAAGCUCCUCACAACAGCUACCAUUCUGCUCCCCCUCCUGACCCUCACAAUCGGCACACCUCUCACCAACACCGCCGUAAACCUCACCUCCAACCCCCUCGAACCCGCCGAUGGCUCUUGGAUCCACCUGUGCAAAUCGCACAAGUGCUCCGACAUCCACACGCCCUGCAUGACCCACUGCGGCAGGCCUGCUGCGCAACCCCGUACUACAACCGCGAGUGCCAUGCUCCGAAUACUUUCAGGCAGUGCUUCGAGUACUGCUGCUACUACAUGCGCGGCCGGGACCAGGAGUGCGGGAAGUGCUCUUGGGGAUGUCCUAAGUAGUGGGAUAGAGGGCUUCUCCACGUGCUGA